CUUAAUUCCGGUACCUUAUUAUUGAGUUUGUUUGGCUUACAUACCAGUGUUAGAACUUAGAUCAAAGUUUCUGGUUUUGGGUGUUUUUAGUUAAUUAGUUUUUGUGUGCAGUAGUCAUGGCUAUGGUUCUGGAUGCUCUUGUUGGACACGUGCUUGAUGAACUGCUGAGCACUGUUAGGCAAAUGAAAGACAGGGCAGUGAAGUUCAGGGACACCCUGGAAAAUUUGCAUUCCAUCCUCGAAAAAGUAGAACCGAUGGCUAGGCAGAUAGAUGGUCUUAACAAGCGAUUGGAUAAACCAGCUAAAGAAUCGCAGAAGCUGAUCGAUGAGAUGAAGAAGGGGAAGGAGCUUGUUAAUGAGUGCGGCAAAGUUGAUUGGUGGAAUUGCUGUUAUAAGGCCAGUUCCCAAGAGAAACUUCAAGACUUGAUCGAUUCUAUUUCUCUGUACUUUCAAUUGGAUAUGCAAGGAAAUAUUAAUGUCAUUGUGCUGGAGAACCAGAUGCUGCUGCAUCAGAUUCACGAGAAGCUUGUGGAGAAUGUUCCGAGAAGGAUUGCAGGCUUGUGCUCUCCACCUGAACCCCCAGCUUUCACUGUAGGGCUGGAUGUUCAUUUGAGGGCGUUGAAGUUCAAGUUGCUGAAGAAUUAUCAUGUGGGAUCAGUGCUCACAGUAACUGGAACAGGAGGGUCGGGAAAGUCAACGUUGGCCAAGAAGUUUUGUUCUGAUGAGGAAGUUAAAGGUGAAUUCAAGGACAACAUAUUCUUCAUCUCCUUAGCGGAAGCGCCCAAGUUGAGCACCAUAGUGGAGAGACUGUUUGAACACAACGGUUACGAGAAGCCACAGUUUCAAAGUGAUGAGGGUGCAGUUUAUCUAUUGGAAAAUUUGCUAAAACAGAUUGGAAAAAACCCCAUAUUGUUGGUCCUGGACGGUGUUUUGCCAGAGUCAGCAUCNCUAGUUGAGAAAUUCGUGUUUCAGAUCCCAAACUACAAGAUUUUAGUGACNUCAAGAUUCACAAUUAAAGGAUUUGGGCAACCAUACGUAUUGAAAUCACUGAAUGAAGCUGAUGCUUUAAACUUAUUUCGCCACUCUGCAUCCCUGGACCAGACCAGCUCUAAUAUUCCCGAUACUAUUGUGCAUAAGAUAGCAAAAGGGUGCAGUGGUUCUCCCUUGGCACUUAUAGUAACUGGAAAAUCUUUAAGUCUUGAAGAACCAGUGGUUUGGCACAACAGGGCGAGGACAUUGUCGAGGGGUCACUCUGUUCUUUCUUAUAGUUUUAUUGGCGAUGGGCUUCUUACUUGCCUCCAAAAAAGCUUUGAUGACUUGGAUGCUAAGCUUGCUGAGAGUUUUACAGACCUGAGCUUAUUUCCUGAAGCACAGAAGAUACCCGCAGCAGCACUUGUUGAUAUUUAUGCAGAACAGCGUGAUGANGACGAUGACAUUGCAAUGGAGAAUAUCCAUGAACUCGUCAAACGGAACGUGGCNGAUCUUGUUGUCACAAGGAAUACUACGAGUGGCACAGUUGACUACAAUUACCAUUAUGUUACGCAGCAUGGUCUUCUUCGGGACCUAGCCAUCCAUCAAUCAAGAAAUUUGCCGACUGAGAAGAAGCAUAGGCUAAUAAUUGACCUCAGAGGGAACAAUAUCCCCAAAUGGUGGACUACACAGAAUGAGUAUCACAUUGCAGCCCACACAUUAUCCAUAUCAACUGAUGAANAAUUCACUUCAGAGUGGUGCAACUUGCAGCCAAAUGAGGUCAAGGUUCUAGUGAUGAACCUUAGAGAAAAAAAGCGCUCNCUACCACCGUUCAUGAAGAAAAUGAAUAAAUUAAAAGUCCUGACAAUAACGAAUUAUGACGUCAAUCGUGCUGAGUUGGAGAAUUUAGAGCUGCUUGAUUAUCUUUCUGAUCUCAAAAGAAUCAGGUUAGAGAAGGUUUCAAUUCCUUUCCUGAGCAAGACUGGAGUGCCACUGAAGAAUCUGCANAAGUUCUCUUUCUNUAUGUGCAAUGUGAACGAAGCCUUCAAAAACAGCACCAUCAAAGUUUCUGAUNUGCUUCCAAAUUUGAAGGAGAUGAACAUUGAUUANUGUGAUAUGGAGGAAUUGCCGGCUGGACUCUCCGAUACUGUUUCCNUAAAGAAGNUAANCAUNACAAACUGCCAUAAACUUUCAAAACUUCCUAAAGAAAUUGGAAAGUUGGUGAAUUUGGAAUCAUUGAGGCUUACUUCUUGUACUAAAUUAGAAGAGUUGCCAGACACCAUC